ACGUAGCGCUGCGGCGGCGGCGGCGGCCAGGCCGGGUUUGCGGAGCGGCGCUGAGGACAGACGUUGGGCGGGGGAGGGGCCGGCCCGGCCGGCGGUUGUUACUCGAGCGCCGCGGCUGCAGGCCCCCCGCCGCAAGGAUGGACCGCCGAGGCGGCGGUCGGGGCGGCGGAGGCGGAGGCGGCCGGCCCGGAUAAGAUGCUCCAAGCCACUUGCAGCUCUCUUCAGAAGAAAAAUCACUAGUGCUCUGCUCUUGCCAUAAUACCAAACCUUCUUGACUUCUGCUUUGGUGCUGCAACACUGGAAGAAUUGCACACAGGUUCCAGGAAUACCCUUUUUCAUUUGAGUGAUUCUUUGUGGAUGGAAAAAGAUUUGAGUCUGAGUAGUUGUCCUGUUUCAAAGCUAUUUCUCUGUAGUGUGAACUGCUUAAUAAAUUGGGCCACUUACCAAUGAGUCACACAGCCAGUUCAUGUCAGGAGCUGGUUGAAAACUGUGCUGUGCAUGUAGCGGGGAUGGCACAAGAAGACAACCGUCGUGGUCAAGUGCCAUCUCCCUUUUAUCAUGGUGCCAACCAAGAACUUGACCUGUCCACCAAAGUGUACAAAAGGGAGUCAGGCAGUCCUUAUUCUGUGUUAGUGGACUCCAAGAUGAGCAAACCGCAUCUCCAUGAAACAGAGGAACAGCCAUAUUUCAGGGAGACAAGAGCAGUGUCUGAUGUUCAUGCUGUUAAAGAAGACCGGGAGAAUUCUGAUGACACAGAAGAGGAGGAGGAGGAAGUCUCUUACAAAAGGGAGCAGAUCAUAGUGGAGGUAAACCUUAAUAAUCAAACAUUAAAUGUCUCUAAAGGGGAAAAGGGUGUCUCUUCUCAGUCCAAAGAGACUCCUGUUCUUAAGACGAGCAGUGAGGAGGAAGAGGAAGAGAGCGAGGAGGAGGCCACGGAUGACAGCAACGACUAUGGAGAGAAUGAAAGGCAGAAGAAAAAGGAGAAGAUAGCGGAGAAAGUCAGCGUCACACAAAGGAGAACCAGACGAGCUGCCUCUGUGGCUGCAGCUGCCACUUCCCCCUCUCCCAGGACGACCAGAGGCCGUAGGAAGAGUGUAGAGCCACCUAAGCGUAAGAAGCGGGCCACGAAGGAGCCCAAAGCGCCAGUCCAGAAAGCUAAGUGUGAAGAGAAAGAGACUCUGACCUGUGAGAAGUGCCCCAGGGUGUUUAAUACUCGCUGGUACCUGGAGAAGCACAUGAACGUUACUCAUAGGCGCAUGCAGAUUUGUGAUAAGUGUGGCAAGAAGUUUGUCCUGGAAAGUGAGCUGUCCCUUCACCAGCAAACAGACUGUGAAAAAAAUAUUCAGUGUGUUUCCUGUAAUAAAUCAUUCAAGAAACUCUGGUCCCUUCAUGAACACAUCAAGAUCGUUCAUGGAUAUGCAGAAAAGAAAUUUUCCUGUGAAAUCUGUGAGAAGAAAUUCUAUACCAUGGCUCAUGUGCGGAAACACAUGGUUGCACACACGAAAGACAUGCCAUUUACAUGUGAAACCUGUGGAAAAUCAUUCAAACGCAGUAUGUCUCUCAAGGUGCACUCCUUGCAGCAUUCUGGAGAGAAGCCCUUCAGAUGCGAGAACUGUGACGAGAGGUUUCAGUACAAGUACCAGCUACGGUCCCACAUGAGCAUCCACAUUGGGCACAAACAGUUCAUGUGCCAGUGGUGUGGCAAGGACUUCAACAUGAAGCAGUACUUCGACGAACACAUGAAAACACACACUGGAGAGAAACCCUUUAUCUGUGAAAUCUGUGGCAAAAGCUUCACCAGCCGCCCCAACAUGAAGAGGCACCGCAGAACUCACACAGGGGAGAAGCCCUAUCCAUGUGAUGUGUGUGGCCAGCGGUUCCGCUUCUCCAACAUGCUUAAGGCCCACAAGGAGAAGUGCUUUCGGGUGACCAGUCCUGUGAAUGUGCCGCCUGCUGUGCAGAUCCCACUUACAACUUCCCCUGCCACCCCAGUUCCUUCUAUGGUGAACACACCCACAACCCCAACCCCUCCAAUCAACAUGAAUCCUGUAAGCACGCUUCCUCCUCGGCCCAUCCCCCACCCCUUCUCACACCUUCACAUCCACCCACACCCACACCACCCACACCACCUUCCUAUCCCUCCAGUCCCUCACCUGCCUCCACCUCCCGCUCUCUUUAAGAGCGAGCCUUUAAAUCACAGAGGCCAGGGUGAGGACAACUUUCUGCGGCACCUGGCAGAGAAGAACAGUUCAGCACAGCAUCAUUAACAUCCACCUCCUUAAGUGUGUUCUCCACGAGUUACGUUCCCAUAGAUGAGUUUGCAGAGAGGGAGUUGGUGAGCAUUUCUGUAGCUGUCAGACUCUCCUCAGUCUCCACCAAGAGCUUUGUCAUUGUCUUGGUGAAUCAACAGAUCCAAGGGAAUGAACAAGAAGACCAUCUUGACUCACAGAGGGAACUGUCAUCUAAACCAGGGGAACCACCGAAUUAAAGCCCAAUUUGCUUGCAUUUUCUGGUGACUUUUAUAAAUUUCAAAUACUCAGACUUGUGGAGUUUUAUAAUUUCAUAUCAGCUGAUGAGGUAUGCUUGCUUUUAUAUCCUGGACUUCUCCUCAAAGAGGGGAUAGGCCUGGUUUCCUUUGUACUAAUCGGGAAGGCUGUGAGAUUAAUCCAGAGCAUUAAUUGUAUCACUGUGUAUCAUAAUGAAUUCUUUUCAGCUUUUGGUGCUGGCUGCAGAGUCGAGCUAGCCAUGUUUCACAGUAUAUCAAGCAUUAUAGAAAAAGAUGAAAUUUUUCUUCUUUGUGUAGCUCUCCUAACAACGCACUCUUUAUUUUACUACAGAAAUUAUUUUAGAGUUUUUGUAUAGACUUCUUUAGUAGUCUGUUUCUAAAAUGAAAUGUAUUUCAAUAAGCGGUGUAAUUUUUUCAGUGUAGCUGGACCUAUGUUGUAAAAUAGAAAAAUUUUUUAUAAUCAUCAAAAUGUGAUUCUUAAAGAUGCAUAUAACUUCUAUAGUUCAAAGUUAUUCUUACAUCCGUACAACUCGAAGGUGCUUCAGAGACUAGAUGAAUCUGAGAGGGUCUCUAGACAGGUUACUGCAGGAAUGGGGUUUUGCUUUCAGAACUUGGUAUAAGUUCUUGGUAGUUUUAUAAUCUCUACUAACACUCAGAUGUCUGUCUGGCCCACUGAUGUGCUCUUGCCCUCCACGUUGCCCUCGGUUUAGUUUGUGCAUUCAGCAGAGUAAUUUGCAGAGGGCUGGGCCUUUUCCAGGGUGUCACCUAAAGCUUGCAGGUUUUAAAAAUCAGUGAAGUUGUUCAUGGUCAAGAGGAGGAAGUAAUGAGGACUAUUUCAUCUCAGGCAGGUGUAUUUCUCACUUGCAUAGAACUGUGCUCAUGUCCAACCUUUUAUGGGAUAACAAAUUGAAGUCUCAUAAUACACUGCUCAUUUUCAUGUUCUUUUCUGUUUCUGGAAUUGCUGUUAAAAAGAUAAAGUAGUUCACUGAAAUCACAAACGUGGUGCUGACGGUGGCUGAGAAUACAGAUUGAUUAUGAUUUUUUAAGUGUCUAUUGUAUCCCUGGAUAUAGCCUCAACCUUGAGCUAUUUUAACACAGUUUAAAUUUAGUGGAGGAAAGGAAUUUCUAAGUUUUGCUGCCCUGUCCUCUGCAAAUUCUUAUGUGAUAACAGUGUUUGUAAGUAGAGCCGCACCUGUGAUGCUUUGUAGGUAGGUUACUUUUUCAAGUUUGGGGAACUUCAAAAGAGCAUGGUCAAUCAGGAACUUAUAGGAAAGACUCAACAGAAGGGCUAAUAUAUAAUCACUCUAACCAACAACACAUUGGUUAUCUUUAACAGAUCAAAUUUAUCCAGAUUGAAUAUAUCUAAAAUUUUUGUAUUUUUUCAUCUCGGAGAACUGGUUCCAAAGUUAGCCAGUGUGCUCUUGCUCUCUCUUUUUUCUCGCCUUCUCUUCACUUUUCUUUCCUCAGUCUCUUAAGUCAUUGCCUGAAUCAGAAUGCAGGUGUUUAUUUUUAUUCUUGAUAUUAAAUGUGCAGAUACGCUUCAAGCACUUUCUGACUAAUAGGCUCUGUGGCAGGAAAAAGUGGAACUCAUUCAGUUGAGGUUAAAUCUCUCAAAGUAUCACAUUCUCUGUUACUUUUUCGGUUUAAUAUUUCCAGAUUUUUCCCCCCUUCUAAUUAUUGCCUUUGUCUUGAGCAUAGGAAAAUUUUGAAGUGAGACAGAAAGGUAUCUCAAUAUACAUACUUUCUUCCUGUUUUUGGAUAUAAAAAAUGUUAUUUUAAGUGUUUGUAUACAUUCUUUGGACAUCCAGAUAACCAAACCAGUAAGGAAAAUCCAUUCCUUGUUUAUGACUUAAUUUUAGUGGCUGCUGCCCUUUGCCUUCCAUGAUAAGUGUGUCUGCUCCUUUAUAUAGACAGCAUUACCUCAUGUUCAGGCCUGUAAUGUUAAAAUUAUUUCUUUAAGAUGUAAAUUGAAGUUUAGUUAAUUGGUUAUACCUUACUUUGUUCUAAAUAAUCAUACAGUAUUGGGCAGCAAUUCUGAAUUCUAGACCUGUGGCCCAUGAAUCAACCAUUUAUGAGGUGUGCUUUGAUCAUACACUGGGAAGUGCAGGUCGCCUUCUUUGAUUUUUAUUCAAGUGACUAUAUCCAUAAGAAGAUAUCUGCUACAUAGGAAAACCAGUAUUAGGCAAAUCACCACCAUCCCCCUUAACAGAAGCAAAAAAGGAUUUUUUAAAAAUCAGUAUUGUAUUAUACAAUACAAUCCUUCAUAACAAUGUGAAAACUUCCCAUCUUUUUCCUGGAUAAGUAUAUGUUCCUUGACUUGGGUCUUGUGGUCUUCAGGGAAACUGCUCAGAACUUAAUGACUCCUCAUCAGUGUCCUAUUAUGUGUAAAUAAUUAAAUGCAGUAAGAAUAUUUGCGAUAUUACUGCUUCUGAAUAUAAGAACUGCAGCAUUAAGCCUUAAACAUGUAUGUACAUCAGGUUUAACACGGUUAAGACUCAAACUCAGGGUUGAAAACUUAGUUGGGGUCCUUUACUAAAACAAAAGUGGCAUUAUGUAGUACAUUCCCUCCCACAUACAGUUCAGAACCCUGUGAAUUCUUCACCACUUAUUACCUACUUGCUAUCUGUAGAUGAGAAAAAGAACUGCAGAGGAGUUUUGAGUUCCCAGCCCUUAUCUUUUAAAGACAGCAAAGGCCACAUUUCAACAUUUUAUAGAUAAUCAGUUGAGGCUGUUUCUUUCUUAAUUUUACUUCCUUCAAAGGUUUGUGUCCUUGCUAAGGUUAAGAUUUACUUGAGAAAAUUCCCCAGAACUUUUUUGAGUUGACAUAGCUCUUUUUUUCUUUUUUUCAUUAUUUCUAGUCUUUUCUCAUAGAUUUAUCAUUCACAUGUAAACUCUUCCUUAGCCUCAUUGUGAAAGACUGCUUGUUACUUUCUCAAAUUGCGUCAGGUAGGCUCAUACUGAAUUAGGUUUUUUAGUUUGAAUGAAGAAAAUAAGAUUAGCCGUUGAAAGAUGUGUGGCUUCAUUUCCAUUUGUAUUUGUGAUUUGAUUAUUUUUAGUAAGCAGGGAGUCUCCACAUAAAACUACAUAGCUGUUGAAAGAAACCUUAGCAAAUCACUUGCGGAUGUGUUGCAGUCUACCAUUAACGUUAACUGUUCUAAAUGAAUGACUGGGCAUAGACAUUACCGUAGUUAGACUGUCAUUUUAAAUACUGCAUUUACUGGAUGUACCUUUUCAUUGUGGUUAGGAUACUCCCUAUAAUUUGAUUGUACCUAGUGUACUAACUGAAGGCAAGAUGCUCUGAAGAGAUGCUUAUAAAUUUUGAAUUUUCUACUUCUUGAAAUUUUUUUCAGUUUUUAUUUGUUGAAUGGAUAUAUAGGUUUAGUUUAAUUUUGCUUUCACUGGAAGUUUUAAAUUUUGAGAAAAUCAAGCAGAAAUAGCAAUUGAUUGCAGAUAUAUAUAUAUAUAUAUAUAUAUGUACCUCAUCUUGCAGAAGGGUCAGUGGGGUGGCUUUGUAAAAAAAAGAGAGAGAGAGAAGAGAAGAAGAAAACUAAACUUAGGGAAAAAAACCCUUCUAUUUGAGCUACUGUUUAGAAAACGAGAACUCUUACUACAUUGCUGAUCCAAGUGAUGGACACUUGUUGCUCUUCUGUCUAGCCUAGAGGGGAAGUAAUGAACAAGGGGAUGAGUUACAUUUUAAGAAUUUUAUCAGCUACCAUUACAGAAAUAGGCUCACUUGGAAUUCUUCAGACUAUAAAACUGAACAAUAACUGGGCUUUAAUUUUCCUUUUGCCUAAGUCAACAUAGGAAAUUUCUCAAAUGAUCAUUUUUUUCAGGAAUGAAAGGUCAUUGGCCAUUAGAGAUAGUGGCCUUAUUAUGCAAUAACAACACCUGAGCUGACCUGCUGUCACCUGUAGCAUUUAAUAAUAGAGUGUGAUGACCUUCCAGCCCUGGACACUACCUCGAUAAAGCAAACCAGAGAUCCUCUCUACACUUUCUAUGGAAGCCAUAAAAGUUGCCAUCAAUAUAUCCACUUUCAUAGUUCUAUACUUUUAUACUCUCUAGACUUUUUAUAGACUUUAUGAUGAGAUCUUUUUGUCUUAGAGGAUAGGUUUUGCAAGAUUCAAAGGAAAAUCACACUCUUUGGUUAUCCCAACUUUGAAGCUUUAGCUUCAGUAAAUUUGUUUAAAGAAUCAGAUAAUGUACCUUUUUCAGUCUUCAUUUAAGUCAAAACUAUUUUGCAGAGUUGCGUAUCUGGAAAACAAACUUCUUUUUCUUACUCCCUAAGUAGAAGCUAUAUUGUUGUAAGAAACUACUUAUAAAGUGGAUUUCUACCUUUUUAACUCUGUGUAUUACUCAAUAAUAUAUGUAUUGUCACAAGGUUCCUGGAGUUGUUUUUACUUCCUUAUGACAGAUAAGUGAUACACACCUCUCUCUAAUCCUCAUCUCACUGCAGCUUCAGUCUCUUUCACUCUCUUCUUGAGUGCCUUCAAAAAGCCAGCAUCCUGGAACAUUCUUUUCCUGGCCUAAAUCCUACCUCUGAUUGUUUCAUUCUCCAUGAAUAUUGGAAUUAACCCUUUGGCUCUACAAACUAAAACCUUGGAUGAGAAUUCCUAACGUACUUCUGUUUUGUUCUCCCAUGUCAUUUUUAGAUUACAUUUUCAACUUUUAUUUAUAUCUUAUUUCUUCACAUAUUAUAGCUAUAAUGAUGAAAGCGUUUAUCUUUAUCUUAUUUUUCAUGUUCUUUUUCUUUCCCCCAAAAUUAAAUGUUCCUUUAAAAUUAAAGGUCAUCGAGUCUUUUGAACACCUUUGUCCUCUAUAGUCUUCCUGACUGCCUCCCCUUUCUGAUGAAGGGAUCCCGAAUGCUGCUGUGGCCGUGCCCUCUCUCUUCCAGAAACAUUUUGCAAGGCUGUACCCCUGAUUUUAUUUUAGUCAAAUUAAUUUAAAAUUGCCCUCUGAGUUUAUCAGAAGUCCUUUGUUGAUUUUUGAUCUGCCUCUCUCAUCCUCCUGUACCUCGAAAACUCCUAGUUAACUCCUUUUCUACCUGUUCUCAUCUAAUUUAAAAAAUAUGAUUGCUACAUAAUAUAUGAAGGAUGUAAUAAGGGGGUUGCAGUGUGUUCUUGUGCUAGGAGUUCCUUCUCCUUCAAACUAGCAGUUGGCUCAUCUCUCACAGCCAAACUGGAGACAUGUCUUGUGCAGGUCUCUUGUUCCCUUCCGGUUCUCCUCCAAACCUGCAAACAGAAGUCUUUAAAAUGAGGAAAUUGGAUUGCCUUUUUUUUUAAGUGAACAAAAGCUAUUGAGUAUUUUGGCCUUAGUCAAAAUCUUUUCUUUCUAACUGAAAAUGCCUCUUUCCUUAAAAUUAAUAAUACUAAUACUCAGGUUUUCAAGACUAACUAAUAACCACAUGAAGUGGGAGUCUAAGAAGGCAGCUGUUAAUAAAUUCUUAGUCCUUUUCGUCUGGUGAUUGUAUGUUAUUGGUGGGACAGUUCAAAAUGGUGAGAAUUGAUUAUGUUUGAUAAUGAAUAAAUCCCAGAUAUUUGAAGCCUUGAUUGGCAAUUUGGAGUGGGAAGAAGACCAGUUUACCAAAUGCAAAAGGCAGAUUUCUCCAGAAAUCAGGAACAAGAGUUUGUUGUUUUAAAUGCUCUUCUUUUUAAUUGGUCGUGGUACUCCCCAUUAUUGACUUAGAAGUUUACCCAAAGUAACCACUUUGAAAUGUGUGGCUUUUUCUUCAGUCCCAGGCAGUGUGACAGUGGAGAGCCACAGUGGGUUCACACCUGAAGGGGCCACAUCCCUGAGACAGAGUUGUCUUACUUUAUGUCUUCUGUGACAGGAAAUGCUUGGCUGGAAUCAAGGGGAGCCCUGCUCCCAAGAAGCAUCCCCUCUGCUUCCUAGUCCCAGGUUCCUUUCACACUACUUGAGCUUCUCUGGUGAGAUCAGGGAUGUUACAAAUGACUUGAACGUGAUUUGAGGACAUCAGGAAAUAGGGAUAGGACAAAAAGGGGAAGAAGCUGAAAUUUGCUUAACUUCAGAAGAAAAGAUGAUACUUGCUUUGGUGGUUUUGAUCAACCAAAGAGCCUGUCUCUACUGGAUGUGCCAAAGAAUCAAGUUGUUUCUGACUAUACAGCUCCUCAGAACAAACACAGCUUCCUCCCGACUUGCCUCUUAACAGGUGAAAGAUUAGGAAGGAGCCACCCACUUUUCCCCAGACAGUGCUCAAGGCAGUGUCUGAUUGCUUUGAAAGUUGGGAGGAAAUACUUUAUUCUUCUAGAAUCUCUAACUCUGCUAGAAGUAUCUUUUCUAUGCUUGAUUAUUCAACUCAUUAGGUUUUGUAAAGAGUAAGAAACUGUGUGACACAGUUUUGGUGUUUAUUUCUAAAGUUGUGUCCGCAAGCAUAUAUAUGCAGCCCCUGAAAAUUGGAUGAAUUCUUCUCAAUCUUCCAUCAGCUUGAAUAGGCAUUGUGUUCAUUCUUGACAUGAAUUCUGUGCCAUCGGCAGUACUGGCUUUGUCCACAAGGGAGCAACAAAGUACUUUAGCUUCUAACCUACUAAAGAAGAGAUUCCCCCUUUUAAGUCUUUUAAAGAAUAUCCUCUCUUGGCUCUGUGCUUAUUUACAGAACUUAGUUUUUAAGACAUUUUUCCUUAUUAUUCAGUACAGUAGUUACUCAGCCUUCGUGAUGCAAGCACAGUGAUUUGUGGGUCAGGCAUCUGUAUUAAUCAGCCUUUAAGUCAUGGUGCCUGAAAUUGAAAGCCAGGACCCUCUGCAGGGAGAUUUAUUGUGUGUUAAAUACAGAGCAGGAAGGUGACCCACCUCAUUUCUUUCCUUCCCAUCCACUGCCUGAGCAGAACCAGCACAUCUCUGUGAAGGACGAGAGCCGCAGGGGAAGUGGGAGUGGGGAAGUGCUUCAUGCCGUCUCUGACAGACAGAUGGAUGUCUGUCACAGCAGGGAGCAGGUUGGACACCCCUGCCCAUGUGCAGCCCCUGCAGCCACCACUCCUCCAGGUUAGAAUGGACUUUGGGUUCCCUCUCUGUCAGUUACUUGUUGAGGGCUCGAACCCUCGUCAGCUCUCUCACUAUGCCUGUUGUUUGUGCUCACUGCUGCGCCCUCUUCACAAUAAGCAGGUCAGUAACCGAUUAGGGGAAACUCCGGACCUUCACCUUUCACUCUGUAGAGCCCAGAGGGAUUCACACCUGGAAAGGCCAUCUUAGCUGAUGUCUGCCUGGCUUCUCUCCCCAUCCAGGUCUGACCUGAGCAGUGCAGGUGUCUGCUUGUAACUCCAACACUUGACAAGAAGUGAAACUGAAGCUGUGAUCGGUUUAGGUAGCAAGUGGCCAGGUGUGACUUGUUUGUUUUUAUUUUUGUUUUCCCCCAAUAGUACUGAAAUCACUUGCACUUUUCCUCAUUUCCUAAAGAAAAGAAAAUCCAAUUUGCUUGCCAGGAAUUGUUUAGCGUUAGGUUUACAAAGCUCGUUAUUGAAUGUUGAACAUUUGUCCAAAGGAGUUUGACAAAACAGAAGCUGCUUGGUCCCUGUUCUGCCUGCUAGGUCAUAAGGAUUCAGGCCACGUUGCUGGGGUACUUGCGCCAAGUCCAGAGGGGGGCAGUGUUCCCCCUUCCUCUGGGAAGCCGCAUUGGAAGGUGGAAUUAGCAUCAUGUGGGACAGGUACCUCUCCUGCUGCACAGAAGUUUAAAGGAGUCUAAUCAGUAGGGGAGGUAACAGGGAGGUAGGACAGGGUCUCUUCCAUGGGAGAGGCACGGGGGGAGAGAGGAGAGCGGCUGGGCCCCGGGGACUGGCAGCGAGGCGAACCUGAGCUUCCCUCCUGAAUCUCCAAAGUAGCCACGCUCCCCUGAGUCACCUUUUAUCUCACAUCCUGUCAGAUCCCCCAACGUACUGAUCUUUCCCUUGUUAACUAUACCAUUAUUAUUUUUUUAGCAAUUGAAAUGCACUUUUUUAUUUCAACUCAAUCAUGAUUUUAAGUAUAAAAAUUUAUAGACUGUUAAAACUACUUUUUGUGUAUUUUUAACCACUCGAUGUAGCAUUGUCUAUUUUAUUCUCAUGAGACUCUGGUACAAGAUGUGCCGCUUCAUGGUGUUUCUGAGACGCUGGACCUUGGAUGUGUACGGUAACCCACUUAAUGCUGAUAAUGUUCAAAGUAAACAAACAACAAAAGUAGCCAUAUCCGCUGUGUGUCUUUCUUCACUUCAUGUCUCCCUUGUUCUCCGCUGACAACAUUUUGGCACCUCCUUUACUCACUGGGCUGCCUUUUUUCUGUGAAAUGGACACUUCUGAUCUGCUGUUGUCAGCUGUCCUUGGCCCAGGUAAGGAGCUGCCCAGCGCACGGCCCUGCUGGCCACUUUAUGAAGGACAA